AUGAACGACGACACCCCUUACAUACCCGAGAAAGACCCGAAUCAUCCUCGAUGGCUUCUGAAUAUUGACACUUGGGAAGUGUUCCCAUACGAAGCUGUCAAAGACGAGGUUGCGAGCAAUGGGUACGGCAUCGUUUCAUACACAUGGGGUAUGUGGUCGGAUUUCAACAAGGAAGCUCCAGGUCGACCCAAAUACCGUGUCAACCGCACAGCCGAGCCAGAAGACCUCCCUUGGAAGAUUCCUACUAUAGAAAAGAUUGAACUAUCGCACGCAAAAAGGAUUAUGCGGAAAUGCUUGGACGAUAGUAUAGCAUAUGUUUGGUGGGACUGGAUGUGUGUUCCUCAGGGAAAACGAGACACCGCGAUCACAUUGAUCGAAAAACUCGAAAAAGUGAAGGGUGACGAGAUUGCAAAACAGAUGCAAAUAUACCAGGAGGCGAAGGAAGGCUUCAUCUGGUUACAUCGCACGAAUUGGGACAAACCCAACUCCCUUGAGUUGCAAAAAUACUUGGAGCUAGGCUUCAAGCCUCAGCCGACUUUUGCGGACACCCUUUGCGAGUUUCGUCUGUCCAUGCGUAGCAUCCAGGAACAAGAACCGUGGCUUACCUCUGGCUGGACACUACAAGAGGGAGUUUUGCUGCAAAAAUCAAAGCUCAUGGAUCACGAGGGCGAACCACUUCCUGGGGAUUUUAUGUCCGAUGGUCCCGCACCGCCCGAAAGAUUUGCUUUGGUAGAAAACCUGUCUGUUCCGGCUACAGGCCUUGCCGACGAAAUUGCCACUGCACUAAUUCGAUACAGCGAGGGGUGGACUUCAUCUUCCGUGAAAAAAAUGCCACAAGGAGUGUCAGAGAGAGUCAAACAAGCACUUACUUAUUUCGGCCCUAAACUCGAAGACGGACAGCAUAGCCAUGCGUAUCAACAUACAGCCUCGACUUUUACAAACUUGAUACGUUGCGGGCUAGUUGCCUACUGGCCAGGGAAGGCGACGGUACUUUAUAUUCUUUCAGGUGCAGCGAGCAGGAGAUUUGCAGGCUUAGAAGACAAAUGCUGGGCUCUGAUCGGUGCACUAAAGCUAGAAGGUUUAGAUCCCUGGUAUAGCAACAAGGAGACGAAAGAAGGCAAAGAAAAAGAUUUUCGCAAGAUCAAGGAACAAUUUUUCGGGCCUCUGUUGAAGAAGUAUCAGUGGGAACUCUUCAUUGUACCCAAAGUCGAAGACCCAGAUUAUGAAACGCUAGCAUGGUUUGAAAGAAUCGUCCACGGUGGAGUUUUGCCUCUGAGCUUAUUCUUGGUUGAUGACCCUUAUGACAACUUGCCUAAGCUGGAUUAUGACGCGACAAAGGACGAAAUCAUAUGCACACUGGAAUCAUCAGGAUGUGCCUCAGACUUGACUGGGUCUACAUCAGACUCCACUAAGCGGAAUUUCAUUCAACUUAAGCAAGACGUUUUCGUCAGACAUUACAGGCAAAAGCGGUUGGAUCCAAUUGAUGCCGAUAGCCCCCGUGGAUUUAUUGAAGUGGAUGAAAUCAAGCUUGAGAAGAGGAGCGGACUCAUCUACCUUCCGGUAAUGGAAAUUCGUGUUCCUGACGCUUCGCAACUGAAUCUUGGAGACGGUUGGAGAAGUGUGGAGGAGGCGGAGAGGAAGAAGGAUGCGGAGAAGAGGGAGAAUGCGGAGAGGAGGAAGAAGAACGAGAAGGAGAAGAGGCUGGAGAAUGGCCCGGGUUUACGGUGUGCUGCGUUUAAUCUUGUUGGUGGAGGUGAGACUACAGGAUACUUCGAAGGAAUAGUAGAUCUAUGGGGGCUUCCAGGUGCGUUCGAGGACAUCACCUCGUACACAGAUUUCCGGAUCUGUGGGUCGAAAACGAAGCCCUUGGCGGAAGAAAGCGGGCGGUGCGUGAUGGCAUAG